AAAAUGAUACACAAGAUUCGAUAAUUGGAACGAAUCCGAAAAAAAGCCGAGAAAAUGAUGAUAACGAUAAUGAAAUCUCUGAAAUAACAAAAAAUACCAAUGAAGGAGAUAAAGGAGAUAAAGGAGAUGAAAGUAGUAAUGAACAGGUAAAGUCGCAAGUAGAAUCACCAGAAAAGUCAGAACCAAAAGAGUAUGACAUAAGCGUUAUAACAGAAGCAUACGUUUGCCAAUGGAAUGGAUGCGGAAAAGUGUUUAGAACAAAACUAGCACUCAAAGCGCACAUUCCAUCAGAGCAUAUAAGUGUUGAUAGCUUGCGCGUUCGUGUAGACAAACUAGCACAAUUUUUAUAA